GCAUUUUGUGUGCAUUAUUUUACCCAUAGGGCAGAAAGACGAUAUCAGAAAUACAUUCUCUUUCACAGAAAGGGCAGCGGCAAGGAUUCUGAUGGGCAUCAAUUACAAAUACUCUCAAAUAUACACUGCAUCGCCACAACUGACUCUUAAAUUUGAAUGCUACAGAUUAUAAUGCUACAGAUUCUAAUGCAACAGAUUCUUAUGCUACAGAUUCUUAUGCUACAGACUCUGUAACAGUUUCCGUUGCAAGAACAACGCCUGAUCCUGGUCCCGGCACAACAAGAAAAAGAGAUAUCCCUAUUGGCACCAAUUAUCUCUAUGAGAGAAGUAGGAUUGUAUAUUCAUCACCAAAUUAUCCAAGCGGGUACAACAAUUCUGAAUACGUUAUUCACCGAUUCGUAGUGCAGCUUCCUUAUUUUGGUUUGCUACUGCGUUUCACUGAUUUUCAAACUGAGGAAUGUUGUGAUUCUCUUACCAUGUACACCGCGGAUGAUUCAAGUUUUGAUUUAAAGGUUGAGGUGGCAAACCUAAGAGGAAACCUUUCCAAUCUUCAAACGUUUGUAAUAUAUCAAAGGUAUUUGUCAUUGCAUUUCGUCACCAAUGGUGCAGUAACUGAUCGAGGUUAUGAAGUAGAAAUCACAACAUUUGUCUUGCCAGAUUGUGGUGAUGAUGAUACAUUUGACUGUGGCAAUGGUAGAUGCAUCUUUCAAAACCAUACCUGUGACAGUUUCAACCACUGCGGAAACUUUGCUGAUGAACAAUACUGCAAUGACUGCGUACUGGUGCCUGAAAUGUGCCAAAAUCAUUUGCAAUAUAACUCUACAUUCUUUCCAAACAAGAAUGCUGGAAGCAAGGAAGAGGCAGAAUUGAUUAUUCAAGAAUUGCUGCCUUUCAUCAUGAUUCAGUGUAAUGUACAACUGAAUGCAUCUCUGUGUGGUGAGAUCUACCAGGUCUGUCUUGAGAGAGGUACCAUUCCAAAGCAGUGUUUCAGUGAUUGCAUGUCUGUCACUGCUGAUUGCGCUUCUCUAUAUGAGACAUUUACCAAUCAAACCUGGCUAAUCAGUUGUCAGGGGCUCACCGAUGUCCGCAGGGAUUCAACAGGACUAUGUCUUGCGGAAACCAAGGAGGUCGCAAUAUUGGACACACAAUACUACAUGAACUACAAUGACGUCAUAGCCGUGACAUCGCCUAACUUUCCUAACAACUACCCCAACUCUCGGGACAUAGUCAUGCACAUACGAGGUCGACAGGGCUAUGCCAUGGUUAUACGUUUUGGGUCAGUGUUCACGGAAUCCUGUUGUGACUACAUUAGCUUGCACGUUGGAAGGACAGCUCACUUUGAAGAAAGCCUGGAGAUAUUCAAGCUGACUGGCACAAGGAAUUCCACAGUGGGUUCUUCAUUGCUAGAUGAUUACUGGACAGUUCAUUCAAAUAUGUGGCUUCAUUUCUAUAGCAAUGGAUCUGUUACUCAACAGGGUUUCAGAGCAUGGUUGACUCUUGCUCCUCUCGAUGAUUUCCCUUCAACGCGAAGUAACGGGUCCUGCAUGAAUAGCUGCUGUGAGAAUUCAGAGAAUUCUUGCAACCCAGAGGGUUGUUACUGUGACAGCAUGUGUGGUGAUAAUGGAAACUGCUGCUACGACUACUCUUCCGUAUGUACUAACCAAGUGAAUGGGACAGCCAUGCCCCCAGCGAUUGGGACAGUACCUCUUCCGACAAAUCUCACAGAAGUGGACCUAGUAAAUUCAACCUUCAAUCUACACUGGAGUGAGGUCAUCAGGGUUACUUCACCUAACUUUCCCCAAAACUACAACCAUAUGGAGAAUAUUCUUUUGCGUGUAGUAGCUCCGGUUGAACGUGGCAUGAUGCAGAUAAUUUUUGGAAGUCUGGAUAUGGAGCCUUGCUGUGAUUAUGUUCGGCUCUUUACUGGGAACUUGGAUGCCUUUGAUGAAAGUACACAGAUAUUCCACCUGACUGGUAACGGCACUAGUGGCAUUCUAUCAGAACAGAGUGUGCCUCCAAACAUUUAUUUAUCAGUGCAUCGCUAUGUUUGGCUACAAUUUGUCACCGAUGGCUCUGUCACCCAUAAGGGUUUUGAGAUCUACUUCCAGUAUCGUCCUUAUUUUGUUUGUGAUCAGAACACUCUUUUCCAAUGUAUGAAUGGCCAAUGUAUUGAAAGAAACUUCGUCUGUGAUGGUAUCGUCGACUGUGUGGAUACAUCAGAUGAAUCUAAUUGUGUACAUCAUCUCCAGCUGGACCCCGGGGACACUGCUGUAUUAACCUCACAUAAUUACCCUGACAAUUACUACAAUAACGAUUCGAUACGUUGGGUAAUCUCUACGCCACCUGGUUAUGGGGUGAGGGCGCACUUUACAGACUUCAGCCUUGCGGAUGGUUAUGAUUGCUUGAUUGUUCAUGUGGGCCUCGAUCCUAGAUUUGAGGAAAGUUUAGAAGUGGCUCGCUUGACAGGGACAUCAGUUCCUUUGAACGUGACAUCUCGUGGACCUCACAUCUGGAUAAGGUUCACCACUGAUGAGAUAUUGACCGCCCGGGGUUUCAGAUUACUCCUGAGUGUCUUGGAAAUAGAAGAGAGUUUCCUGUGCCCAAACCGGGAAUUCAUAGGAGUGGACAAACACUGUGAUAUCAUCAUCGACUGUGAAGAUGGAAGUGAUGAACGCUAUUGUCCCAUAGUGACGGUGAAGGAAGGUGAAACCGCUACGCUGGCAUCGUAUGGUUAUCCAUCGAUACAUUACUCAAGGGAUUUCUUCGUGAUUUGGAGUGUAUCCUCUGAUGAAACGUCUUCGGCUCUGAUCGUCAGCCUGCAGUCGGUUUUCUUAGGGGAUCCCUCGGCUUCUCUAGAAGUUAUAUCAGAUGAUCCCAGAACAUUAAAAUAUGAAUCUUGGCUACUUCGAGGCUAUUUGGAACAGGACUACUUCCAGGCCGCAGACAAGGUCUUCCCGUCCGGCGAGAUUCAUGUUGAGGCACGCGGAUCAUACACUGGGUUGGCGUUCAAGAUGGAAAUAGCAACAUUGGCAAAGGAAGACAUCAUCAUCUGUGGUGAUCGGCUGAUCACUGAAACCAACCAGUGUGAUGGAACUUUUAACUGCCCGGACAAGGUAGAUGAAGAAUCAUGCGAUCCGACGACAGAACUAAAAAUUGGCAUUGGGGGCAGGUUUAUCAUAUUGCCGACAUGGUUUAAUGAAUACUUCGAAUCGACCAAACCUUUCCAGAUCACUUGGAGAUUUUUAGGAGCAAGUCCUAAUAUGAAUCUACUUAUCAAGGUUCGGGGUCUCGUUCUUGAGCCUGAGGAUACAAUGACAUUAGGUUCAGGAACUGAUUUACAGAACCAUGAAAGCAUCAUUUUUAAGCUUGAAUCAACGUAUUUUAAUGCCUCAAGAGAAUCCUUACCGGAUAUUGUACUCCGACUUCAAUCUCUUUGGCUUCGAUAUGAGAGGUUCUCUGGAGGCUGUUCAGUAGACAGCUUUUUCUUUGAGGUCCUCGGUGUCAGCGCUGAUUCAUAUAUGUGCCAAGCUGAUCAAAUACCGUGUUCUGGAGUAUUCGCAGGAUGCUACAAUGAGCAAGAUACAUGUGAUGGGGUUUUCAAUUGCUUCGAUGGGCAGGACGAAGAUGGCUGUGAGUGUCCAAGUAUUUGGGAAGUAAGGUGCACCCUACCGACCUUAGGAAGUGUUUGCCUUCACCGUCUUGACUUUUGCGAUGGACAUCCUCAGUGCAUUGAUGAUGAAUUUGAUUGCACUUUUGAAUGUGACAACGGGAGGAUUAUUGCAGAGAGGUUUGUGUGCGAUGGAUUCAAUGACUGUGGAGACAGCACGGAUGAACAUCAGAAUUGUGCCUGUGCUUCCCAUCAGUUUGACUGUGGAGAGAGAUGUAUCCUAAAGAAUGAUGUAUGCAAUGGCUAUGUGGAUUGUGCCAAUGGCAAAGAUGAAGAGGACUGCUUUUGUUCUAGUUUUGAGUUUGAAUGUGGGAACCAUGGGAACAGAUCUUGUGUGCCUUUCUGGAAAUUAUGUGAUGGGAAAUAUGACUGUGAAGACGACAUCUCGGAUGAACAACGAGAAAAUUGCAGAUACUGUCCUGGAAAUUAUUUCCAGUGCCUGGAUUUUUCGGGUUGUCUGUCAGUUGACCUGAUCGACGAUGGUUAUCCUAAUUGCAUUGAUGGUAGCGAUGAGUCAGAAUUUGGUAACUCUACUCUGAAUGGGACAAUCACUAAUCAAACAGAAUCAGUACCCACUUUGAGACCAGAACCGAAGCAUACAACAGCAUCCAUAGUGGAGCCAACAUGGGAACCUGAACCAGAACCAACAUGGGGGCCUGGGCCAGAAGGUACGCAGAGACCAGAACCUGAACCAACAUGGGGGCCGGAACCCGAACCCGAACCAGUAUCCGAGCCCACUUGGGCACCUGAACAAGAUUGUGGUCGUCGGCCGGCUGUCGAAUUGCAUCGGAUAACACAUGGACAGGACGUAACCAGUCUAGGCGCAUGGCCGUGGCAGAUUUCUCUCUACUGGAAUGAUAUAUUUCUUGGUGCUGGCAGCAUCAUUAGUCCAGACUGGAUAGUAACUGCUGCUCACUGUGUUGAUUUACCACCUGGUAACUUCACAAUCCAAGCAGGAUCCCUGUCCCCCCUACUGAACUCUGGUGGCGCCAUCCACGAGGUUGGGCAAUUCUUCCAACACCCGCUCUACAGCCGCGAAGGAUUGAUCAAUGACAUUGCAGUCAUCAAGUUAAAGCAACCGCUUACUUUUACCGAUGAGAUUGGACCGGUGUGCCUCCCGUCUCCUGAUGAUGUUUUAGAAGUGGGUUCUUAUGUCACCUUCACUGGAUGGGGUAGCUACACCAGACGAUACAGCCCCCAACCUGACUAUCUUCAGGUAGCUCGUAUGCCUGUGAUACCAAAUGACAUUUGUCAGAGAAACAUUGAUAUUUUACGUGUCCUACCUUCAAUGUUCUGUAUGAUGUACCCGGACGGAUACAAUGGCCUUUGUACGGGGGACAGCGGUGGACCUGUCGUUCAGCAGUUUGGUGGUAGAUGGACUCUUGUUGGUGUUACCAGCUGGGGUGAGGUCUGCGGCGGAAGGUACAAGCCUGCUGGUCAGACCCGUGUCUCAAGUUUUAUGGAUUUCAUUAUCGAUACAAUCCGUGCCAACUAAAGUCAAGGGCUUGCAUUUGCACGUAACAAGGAAAUGACAUCGGCAAGUAGCACAGAGAUCGAUUGUCUUGAGUGGAUUUGUACAUGUGGUGUUUAAAUACCAUAUAUUCCAAACUUUCUAACAAUAGGGAGAGAUAUAUAGAUCUGUUUUAUAACAUUGUCAGUGUCCUAUACUUCAACAAUAAUAAAAGCCGUGUGCAUGUAUGCUAUUGAAAAAUACUUUUUUUCCAAAAAUUUCACUAAUUGUCUACAAUCUAUCGCGUUUAAGCUUCUUCGUAUCACAUGUCUUAUGGAUGGAUUAUCUUCUUGAUACAUCACCCCUCCUUGUGCCUAGAAGCUGAUUUUUCAGCAAGGGUAUACGUAGUCAAUAGACGUUGGCUGAGAUCAGCAACAACUUGAAAUGCAAUUUUUACUUUUAAGUAGCCUUUGGCGUGUUUGGCCGAUGCAUCGAAACAAAUUACAAUGUAGUCAUGGUACUGCCUGCAAACCUACAAGUAACAAAUAUUUGAAAAUAACAGUGUUCGAUCCUGUGAUUUUCAGCAUCUUAACUGUUGAUGCAUGGAGAUUUGAUAAUUGGUUGACAUAAUUGGUUGCAUAUGGGUUGUUACAAAAAUAUUUAAUUUAUUUUUGUUGUUGUUAUGAUGAUUAUUUCAAAUAUUUUAGUAUUGAUCUUAUAGAUGAAGUGUCUGUUGAAAUUAACAUAGGGACUGUAGAUAUAGGUGUUUUUUACUGUGAAAUCUGUCAAACAGAAGGGAGUUAGUGAACACUUGUUUAAACAUCCAAAAACAGACUUUUGAAAGAAGAUACAAAAAGCUUUACAUUAAAAGCCUCUGAUCAUAUAAAUUUUAUAUUGAGAGACAAAACAACAAAACAACACUAGUUUACAACGACACUCUGAAAAACUAUUCCUUUUUAAAGUCUUGUAUGUAUGAUGACCGCUUAGUCCAAUAAAUAAAUGAAAUAUAAUUCAGUG